UGGACACCAUCGAGUGACGACCUACUUACUGUUUGUGCUUCUCCGCUUCUUAAGCUUUUGCGUUACACAAUGGUAGCUCACGGAAUCACAUUCGUCGCCCUCCUUGCCCUGGCCGCCCUCACGCACGCAGCUGACAUCGCCCACAAAAACGACGCACGACUUUUUUACGACGAUAACGACACCUCUCUCACCAUCGGCGGCGAGAGCCUCUUCUAUAUCGGGGUCAUCUUCGUCGGCCUGCUCUUGCUCACGUCUUUCCUGGGCCUCUUCGGGACAUCGGCCAAGGUUGCUCAGCCCUAUGACUACGCUUCCGCUAGCGCUUACGGUGCUUCUGCUCCAGCCUACGAUGAGAAGACCACCUUCUCUGUCCAGCAAUUUAUUGAGGAUGCUGUCAACAAGUUCCAGUAGAGACCGCGAACAUAAAUGAAUAUUCGAGAACCCUGUAACUAUGAUUAUUUAUUUUCACAAAAAACUUUUCCAUGCGUUUUUCUCCUGAUCGUCACAGAAGACGAACCUGUGAUUGAUCUAUUGAUCUUUUGUUUCCUAUUUUCUAUUUAAUUUAUGAUGUAAAUAAAUUGUUUCGUUUA